GGCAGAACAAGAUUUGACUCGUUCUUUAUUUUGCAAUACACAGGAAGAAGGAAGUGAGGUCUGAGGUGGUGGUCUGGAGUCGAGACACACUUAACGCAUUAAAAGUGUACUGAAAUAAAUAUAGGCAACACAACACAACACAUGAAUACAGCCAACCUGUUGAUGAAAAAGACAGAAAGGGAGUGACUGAGGAGUGAGAAUGGCAAAGAAUAAAGGUGAAGCACGGAAGUUUGACCCUACCUUCAAAGGACCCAUCCACAACAGGGGCUGCACAGAUGUGUUCUGCUGUAUUCUCUUCAUCUUGGCCAUACUGGGAUACUUUGCUGUGGGGAUCCUGGCCUGGUCAGGGGACCCCAGGAAGGUUAUCUACCCGACUGACAGCAGAGGACAGUUCUGUGGCCAGGCCGGGACCCCCUGGAGUAAGAAGAAACCUCUCCUGUUCUACUUCAACAUCCUGAAGUGUGCCAGUCCCCUGACCCUGCUGGAGUUCCAGUGCCCCACCACUCAGUUAUGUGUGGAAAGUUGUCCUACCAAACACACGACGUUGCUGAAAGCCUACCUGAACAAAGGAGAGCAGGAGUACUACAAGCAGUUCUGCAAGGAAGGAGUGGACUUCUCCAAAAUGAGUGCUACCGAGAUCCUAAGGGAUGGCCUGUGUCCUUCCAUGCUCAUGUCCAGCAAACCAUUCACUCGUCGGUGCCUUCCAGCUCUCAGUACCAUGAAAGGUGGUGUGGUUGUCGUUGGCAACGAGACUAUUUUUGACAACGGGGAGGGAGAGAAGGUGAACGCCACUGAUUUUCUGGACGCUUCAAAGAAGUCCAAUGUGGUUGUUGAGGCUCGCCAGGUAGCCAUGAGGAUCUUUGAGGACUACACUGUGUCCUGGUACUGGAUACUGAUUGGUCUGGUGAUAGCCAUGGUGGUCAGUCUCAUCUUCAUCGUCCUCCUGCGCUACCUGGCCGGGAUCAUGAUCUGGGUCAUGAUCGUCAUGGUGAUACUGGUCAUCGGAUAUGGGAUCUUCCAUUGUGCCAUGGAGUACCGCAGCCUGAAGGGAGAGCCGGGUUCUGACGUCACUAUCCGUGAUCUGGGACUGCAGACAGACUUCUCUGUUUACCUGCAGAUCAGACAGACCUGGCUGGCUUUCAUGAUCAUCCUGUCCAUCGUGGAGGUGGUUGUCAUCCUGCUGCUCAUCUUCCUCAGGAAGAGAGUCCUCAUCGCCAUCGCCCUCAUCAAGGAGGCCAGCAGGGCUGUUGGCCAUGUGAUGUCAUCACUGUUCUACCCUCUGUUGACCUUUGCCCUGCUGGCCCUGGUCAUAGCCUACUGGGCCAUCACUGCUGUCUUCCUGUCCACCUCCAAUGAGCAGGUGUACAAAGUGUUCAACACCACUGAGUGUAAUUACUCCAGAGACACCUGCAAUCCCGAGACGUUCAACACCACCAACAUCACAGCCCGGUGCCCGGACGCCGAGUGCCUGUUUGCCUUCUACGGAGGCGAGACCUACUACCAUAAAUACCUCAUCCUGUUCCAGUUCUACAACGUGUUCCUCUUCUUCUGGUGUGCUAACUUUGUGACAGCGCUGGGUCAGGUGACCCUGGCUGGGGCCUUUGCAUCCUACUACUGGGCCUUCAAGAAGCCCGACGACAUCCCAGCCAACCCCAUCUGCUCCUCACUUGGUCGAGCCCUCAGAUACCAUACAGGCUCCCUUGCCUUCGGUUCCCUCAUCCUGUCUCUGGUUCAGGUCAUCAGGGUUCUGCUGGAGUACCUGGACCAGAAGCUGAAAGCUGCCCAGAAUCGCUUUGCCAAGUUCCUGCUCAGCUGCCUGAAGUGCUGCUUCUGGUGCCUGGAGAAAUUCAUCAAGUUCCUCAACAGAAACGCCUACAUCAUGGUGGCAAUAUAUGGUAAAAGCUUCUGCACCUCAGCCAGAGAUGCCUUCUUCCUCCUCAUGAGAAAUAUAAUCAGGGUGGCUGUCUUGGACAAGGUGACUGACUUCCUAUUGUUUUUGGGGAAGCUCCUCAUCGUUGGAAUUGUGGGAAUCUGUUCUUUCUUCUUCUUCUCUGGGAGGAUUAAGGCUGUGGAGCAGACUGCCCCCUCUCUCAACUACUACUGGGUUCCCAUUCUGACGGUGGUGGUGGGAUCCUACCUGAUUGCCCAUGGAUUCUUCAGUGUGUACGCUAUGUGUGUGGACACACUCUUCCUCUGCUUCUUGGAAGACCUGGAACGCAAUGACGGAACUGCAGAGAGACCCUACUUCAUGUCUCAGAACCUUCUCACCAUUCUGAAGAAGUCCAACGAGGAUCAGGCCAAGACUGUAGACUAGCUGUUGGUGUGUGCGUGCGUACGUGUGAGGAGAACAGAGAAAGAUGCGGUCAAGCCGCCUUGCCUGCGCAGUGUGCUGUGUGUGUCAAAUGUGCCUUAAGAUCACGAUACUGUAUGGCUACAGAAGGAUGCCAUCGUCACAAACGGAGAGGCCGUUUUACUUUGGCUAGGCCGUUUUACUUUGGCUAGGCCGUUUUACUUCUAGGCCGUUUUACUUUGGCUAGGCCGUUUUACUUCUAGGUCGUUUUACUUUGGCUAGGCCGUUUUACUUUGGCUAGGUCGUUUUACUUUGGCUAGGCCGUUUUACUUUGGCUAGGCCGUUUUACUUCUAGGUCGUUUUACUUCUAGGUCGUUUUACUUCUAGGCCGUUUUACUUCUAGGCCGUUUUACUUCUAGGUCGUUUUACUUCUAGGCCGUUUUACUUCUAGGCCGUUUUAUUUUGGCUAGACCGUUUUACUUUCUGCAGUCCUCUUGAAACGCUUUGAACAUACAAAACUUUGUUACCUUUUGGGGGUUUUGUGGCUGACUCUGUAUAAUGUGUUCAAAUUGAACACAUGUUUUACAUGAGAAUUCUCCAAGUUUUUGUCAGUUUUCUCAAAUGUAUAAUGAAUUACAUAGAUUUUCUCACAUUUCAUUUACAAAAAUGUUUUGCUUUAAAUGCUAAAUAAUUUUUGCAUCAGGUUUGUUAAUAAUAUUAUUUUCACUAUUGCUGCUGUUGAUCUUGUAUAAUGGCUGCAUAUUGCAGUGUAGAUUUACUGUAACUUACCAAAGUAAAGAAAACAUGUUCUAAUGCAGUAUUAGUUUUGGGACUGAAGAUUUGUUAAGUAGUCCAUAGGCCAGUGAAAAUGUAGUCCACUUUGGGGUGGUAAAGGUUUAAUAGUCUCAUCUUAUUCCCCCAUUCCUAUGAACAAAUAGAUAUGAUGCCCACUCCAAAAUAGUAGCUUUCCAAGCUUUUCACACCUUUAUAUGUCUUGUUGUUUGGGAAUCUAUGCAAUAGAAUGUUUGCAGGCUGAUAAAUACAUUUUAAGGCAAGUUGGAAUGUUCACAUGCUCAUUGAAAAUGACUGUGUCAAACAACAAUAGAACAUUCCAUUGGGUGGAUCCCAUCGUAAAACAUGGUACUUGGUACAUUUUUGCCAUCUCUUCGAAAUGAUUGACCUAGACUGACUCAUCGUUGAAACAACACUGUUCUGAAUGGCGGAACUAGAUAUUUCUAUACUUCCCAUUCUGUCUUGAUAUUCCCCAAAAUGCAUACAUUUAUGACCUUUGACCCCUGAAAGAUUGGACCAUAGAGAUGUCAUUACCAUUCCUGUUUUUUCAUACCUUAAUAUGUUGUAUUAUGAAGUGAAUAACAAAGAAAAUUCAAUUUGUUUGAAAAGAUCCCAGAUAAUACAACAUUAUUUCAUACCAUCAAUCCUGUGGCACCAACUAACCACAUAGAGGUCAAAACAUAAAAUGCACACAUUUAUCUACCUCAGAAUCAUGGAUAUCAUACCAACAUGUAACCUAAAUGAAAAUCCUCAUUAGACUUUGCCACCCCAAAGUAGACAAAUAUGUGAAAUUUGGCCUGCUGGCCCAUCUCCUUAACCUCAAAUGCAAGCUUUUGUAUAUUUCAUUUUCAAGAGAAGGAUUGUGUAAACGUGUGUUUUUGUAACAGGAUGUGUUGUAAAUAAUACAGUUUUUUUUUACUGCUA